AUGACCUCCGAUAAACAACAAACAACAGGCUAUCCCGCCAAACCGUUCACGCCCACGCUCAGUGCGGCCUUCCACCGAUCGAAGCAAUCCCCAUUAACCCCGAAGCUCGCCAGCCCAAGUCCAGGAAACCCUGUGGCUCGCCGACUCGCUCAACCCGACCAUGCUCAUCCCUAUUCCACACCUUCCAAGGAGGAUAUCCCCGCCGGCCCACAAAGCUUCCUGAGUGCCAAUAUUACUCCUCGCUCGGGCUCCCGUACCACUCGUCGUGAUGUCGGCUAUACAUCUCCUACAAAUACGCCUCCUGUAUUAUCUCCACAACCGUCUUAUGCCCAGUCCACAAUAGGUCUCGGCCUUAAUGGUGUACGACGAACAGAACGCAGUCCGGCUCGCGGGGCCAAGCCGGAGCAACCACGAAGCCUAAGAGCGAAGACACUCACGGUCGAUGGACAGCAGACGUCUCGUCCUAACUCCUUCUCAGAUGUGACCGCUGGUUUCCCCAUGUUUUUUCAUGCUUCUGAUGCACGAUCAUCCAAUGUCUCCGAUGUCGAGUCUUCCCGUCCCAAACAGGGGAGAGUAUCACCGGCCUCGAGUUUUCUGUACGCAAACGGGGAUCAAGAACGACAUUCGUCAACAGACGAAUCGCAUGUUUCAACUGGCUCCCGCCGCCCUGCAACUCUUCCUCGUCCUGCACCUUCGGCCAGACAAGGCCCCAUCCCGUCCCCUCGCUUGAAGUCUCCCCGGGUAUCAGACGUGACCUCUCCUCCUAUCCUUGAAACACAGAACAAUUAUAGUCCGAACUUGGAGCCGGGAUUUGAAAGAGUCUUCCAACGUUAUGAUUCCUCUCCCAGCAUCACAUCCGAGAAAUCACAGCUCCCUUCAAUUACAAAGCACCGAAAGUCUUCCAGCGUGGACUCCAACAAUCAGCCAGUGCACGCAAGAGACGGCCUGCGUGCUAGCCCAUUAAUUAUGCCCAAUAAUGUUCCGACUGAAGAAGCCAGUCCUGUUCCUGUGCUCUCCGACCAGAUCCCGACGCUCCGACCUCGCGUAUUCAGUAACGGUUCCUCUGUUUCCACCGAUAAUCACCAGCCUAUUCCAAUGAGCCCCGGGAAAUCGGACAGCGGCGACAUGGCGCUUAAUGCCCGGACCGAACGCAAAAUCUUGGAUUUGGAAAUUAGCAAUUCUUCCCUGCUUGCUAUUAAUCGGACUCUAGAACGAGAAAUGCGGAAGCAAACAGCAGAACUAAGGCGCUUUCGCCGAUUAAGUCGUUCUGGUCGUCUCUCUAUGGCUCCUUCAACGCGCUCAUUUUCCGGCAUAGCGUUGUCAACCACUAGUGAAAUCGAUGAAGGAAAUAGUGAACUUUCCUCUUCACGGUCCCAAGACGACAUGUCAGAUUUUAGUGAUGAAGAUUCGAUCGUCGAAGAUGGUGUUCUCAGUCCAAACACUCUAGCCGAGCAUGAUGCAAAGCACCGGGAUCAUGAUGAGAAACGGUUUAUGCUUGAUCUUACCCGACACCAAACGCUUUUGGUCGAUAGCCAAAAAAUGAAUCAAAGUCUCAAAAGAUGCCUCGGAUGGACAGAAGAACUCAUAAAAGAAGGCCAAAGAGCCCUUGAAUAUAAUGUUUGCGUCCAGGAUAUUGAGCUAGGUGGCCGUGUUCUAUCCCCCGAGGAGCUUUGCGAAAUUGGUGAAAGUGGACGAUCGCUUCUCAGUCCCUCAGCUGAGUACGACUAUUUUCCACCCACGCCCAGUUCCCCGUUCGAGGACAGCGAAUUCACCGACCCGGCGUCUCUCCCCUUACCAUCGUCUCCUGGUGGGACCGAUUAA